AAUCGGAGAGGGCCAUGUAGAGCCGGCCGUUCCCCGGGGUUGCGUGUGCGGCUGCCAGCGGCCCGUAGUCGGCCUUCAGCGCGGCCGCUGAUUGGUGGCGGCGGCGCGCUGGGCGGGGCGAGAGAGCCGGAGUCGGGGGCGCUCGGCGUGGCCCCUCAGAGCCCAGCGGGAUGGGGCGGCGGGCGCGCUGGGUGGCCGUGUUACUGUGCCUGGCCGCGCUGUCGGCCGGAGCACUGCCCGCAGUCGGAGCGCUUCCCGCGGCCGAUGAAGAAGGAAAUCAAGAUGAAUCACUGGAGUCAAAGACUUUAUCUGCAGAGGACCAGGUAAAGGAUCAUUCCACAGGAACUCGAGUGGUCGCAGGUCAGAUCUUCCUUGAAUCUGGGAAAUCAGACUCUCAAUCAGAGAAUGAAGAGAGCUUUCACAGUCAAGAAGAGGAAAAAGAGAAUUCACUGGAAGAGUUGAACUCUCUAGAAAUGUCAAGUCUAUUAAAUAAGGAUUUGGAAGAAGCAGAAAUACAGAGUCCAGUUUUGACAGCUAUUGGAGGCACUGCAGAUGGUGAACCUUGCCACUUCCCGUUUUUGUUUAUGGAGAAGGAAUAUGCAGAGUGCACUGCCGAUGGGAGGGAAGAUGGCAGGCUGUGGUGUGCAACAACCUAUGAUUACAAGAAAGAUCAGAAGUGGGGCUUCUGUGAAUCUGAAGAGCAGUCUAAUAAGAGAAGGCAGAUGCAAGAAGCUGAGGAUGUAUAUCAGAUUGGAAUGAAAAUCCUUAAUGAAAGUAGUAAAAAGGCUCAGAAGAAAGUAGCAUAUCAGUAUCUUCUGAAAGCAGCUGACAUGAAUCAUACCAAGGCCAUGGAGAAAGUGUCUUAUGCUUUGUUGUUUGGGGAUUACCUGAAGCAGAACAUCCAGGCAUCAAAAGAACUAUUUGAAAAACUAACGGAAGAAGGUUCUCCUAAAGGACAAAUGGCACUUGGAUUUCUAUAUGCGUCUGGCCUAGGAGUCAAUUCGAGUCAAGCUAAGGCUCUGGUGUAUUACACUUUUGGAGCUCUAGGAGGAAAUCUGAUCGCUCAUAUGAUCUUGGGUUACCGGUACUGGGCUGGGAUAGGAGUCCUUCAGAGCUGUGAAUCUGCUCUCACUCACUACCGACUCGUAGCUAAUCACGUUGCUAGUGACAUUUCCUUGACUGGUGGCACAGUGGUUCAGCGAAUUCGCUUAGCAGAUGAAGUGGAAAAUCCAGGAAUGGCAAGUGGGAUGCUAGAAGAAGACUUGAUCCAGUAUUACCAGUUUUUAGCUGAGAAGGGAGAUGUACAAGCACAGGUUGGCCUUGGACAGUUGCACUUGCAUGGGGGAAGAGGAGUAGAGCAAAAUCAUCAGCGAGCAUUUGAAUACUUCAAUCAAGCAGCUAAUGCUGGCAAUUCCCAUGCUAUGGCUUUUCUAGGAAAGAUGUAUUCAGAAGGAAGUGAUGUUGUACCUCAGAGCAAUGAAACAGCCCUUCAGUAUUUCAAGAAAGCUGCUGAUAUGGGUAAUCCAGUUGGACAGAGUGGAUUAGGAAUGGCUUACCUCUACGGAAGAGGUGUUCCAGUGAACUAUGAGCUAGCACUGAAGUAUUUCCAGAAGGCUGCAGAACAGGGAUGGGUUGAUGGACAGCUUCAACUAGGUUCCAUGUAUUACAAUGGCAUUGGAGUCAAGAAAGACUACAAACAAGCUUUGAAGUAUUUUAACUUGGCUUCCCAGGGUGGCCACAUUCUGGCUUUUUAUAAUCUGGCUCAGAUGCAUGCUACUGGCACUGGAGUGAUGCGGUCCUGUCAUACUGCUGUUGAGUUGUUUAAGAAUGUCUGUGAACGGGGGCGUUGGUCUGAAAGACUGAUGACUGCCUACAACAGCUAUAAAGAUGGUGAUUCAAAUUCUGCUGUGGUUCAAUAUCUUCUUCUGGCAGAACAAGGCUAUGAAGUUGCACAAAGCAAUGCUGCUUUUAUACUUGAUCAGAAAGAAGCUAGCAUAGUAGGAGAAAAUGAAACCUAUCCUCGAGCUUUGCUUCACUGGAAUAGAGCAGCUUCUCAAGGAUAUACUGUUGCAAGAAUUAAACUUGGAGAUUACCAUUUUUAUGGGUUUGGUACUGAUGUUGAUUACGAAACUGCAUUUAUUCACUAUCGACUGGCAUCAGAACAGCAGCACAGUGCUCAAGCAAUGUUUAAUCUGGGCUACAUGCAUGAGAAGGGGUUGGGCAUCAAGCAGGAUAUUCAUCUCGCAAAACGAUUCUAUGACAUGGCAGCUGAAGCAAGCCCAGAUGCUCAGGUUCCAGUCUUCCUAGCACUUUGCAAGCUUGGAGUGAUUUAUUCCUUGCAGUACAUACGAGAAAUCAAUAUAAGAGAGGUAUUCUCACACAUUGAUAUGGACCAGCUGCUGGGGCCUGAGUGGGACCUCUACCUUAUGACCAUCAUCGCCUUGCUCCUGGGAACAAUUAUAGCUUACAGACAAAGGCAACACCAGGCAAUUCCCAGAGCAGCAGGACUGCGGCCAGCUGUGCCUCAACAAGAACCGCCCCCAGAGCAUCAACCACCACAAUAGCAACAAGAGCCUCAGUCAAAGAACUGGAUUUUUCCAAAAGGAACAAUUUUCAUUGUGAAUUAGGACUUUGGAUCAACAGUCCCUCCCCCAAAAGAGGCACAAAGAAGUUUAAAAAAAAUGUUUGAAAGCUGCUUAGAAUGAUGCCUUUUUUCAGGGAUAAGAAAAUUAUUUUGAAACUGAUUUGAAUGUUAUUUCAGUGCCAAUGGAAUAACACUAUGGCUUUUUUCAUGGAAACACAAGAGUGCUACUACAAAAAUGUUGCCUGCUGUAUCUAGUUCCUCUUUAUUCAGAGUCCUUUUCAUCUCCCAGAGAGACAGAAGGCUAGCAGUGGAAGGUUUUUGCCUGCUUGAUAGCAGUUGCCCUUUAUAAAUGUAAUAAUAAUUUUAUGGCAAAUUUAAGUCCCAAGAAGCUGACCUAUAUUCAAAUUCUGAAAAGAUUAGGGCUGUUAGGAACUUAAAUUCUGACCUGCAUCCCAAGUAUUUCUAUAGUGCUUAUUUCAUUUUUUUAGUAUUUCUUACACUUUGGUCUUUUAGGCUGUCUUGGAUGGUUUAACAUAGAUUAUUGAUAAACCCUGUAAAACUAAGCCAGCAAACAUGCUACUCUCCAUUUGUGCUUUUUGUUUUGAGUAUUUUCCUGCAUUCCCCUUAGACAGGUCUCAGCAGUUAGUAUGUAGCCCGUGAGGUGGAGUGGGACAGUGGGGUCUGUGAAUCUCGUCAGUCAAAAACUGUCCACACAGCACCCAGAUCUCACAUACUUCUAAAACUUUUCAGGAGCCUGUGUACUUUGCAGUCCUUCAUGACAUGAAAACAUAUUGGUAGAGUUCCUAAAUUUAAAUUUGUCUUUACUAAGAGGCUGAGUCUAGAUAGCAGAAAGCACCAGUAUUACUGCGCACACUGAACAAAGGAGAGAGCCAGAAAUCUCAGAGUUAGCUGACUUGCUUUUGGAGUUGAAAGUUCUGUGCUUGAUUUUCCACAAACCUGUUAGUGAUUUGCACUGCAAGAAAGAAAUAUGUGUAUCUCAUGCAUGCAUCUGCUUAAUGCAUCUAUGAAAAAGAGCCACAAAAAUGCCUGCUCCCUACAAAAGGGCAUGGGCUUAUGCCAGUGAUGCUGCUCCAAAGCUACAGGGGUGCUCUGGCUGUUGCCAGCCUCUCUUGUACCUGGCAUAGAGGAAAGUCACAGUAAUGUUUCUGGCUGUGCCAUCUCGAGGACCCUUUGUAACAAGAAAAUCCAAAGAGAAAGAAGACUAGUGGCUUCUUGAUGCCACCAGGUCAGUGUAAAGGCCUUUUAAUGAGUGUAAAGACUGUGACCUGUGGACUGAUGAUUUAAGACUGCAAGAGGAGUCUCUUCACUUUGUGAUGAUUUUCAUUGAACUAUAAUUUCUGGGGCUGGGGAUGGGAAGCAGUGGCAGAAUAGUCUAGGAGCAUGAAAUGCGUAACUGUCUGUUCUUAUUUUCCAAUAGUAGAGAAAUAUUUGGUUUCUGUACUAGCAUUAAACCCUCUGAAUAUACUAUCAUAAAGCUGAAUGAAUACAAAUGAGGCUUUAGCUGCUUUCUGACAGAAGCUGUUGUGUUUAAAGGGUUAAGGGCUUCUUUUCAUGCAAAUGUUUUUCCAGUGUAUUGGCAACAACAUAUCAAUACACUUUAUUUAGAAUUGAGAGUUUCGUAUGGUUUCAUACUUCGUACAUGUGCAAGGAGAUCAUUGCACAAUAGGCCUCUAGCUUGGAAUAGAAGAUAAGCAAUCCAUUCUUUUGUAAAUGGAAAUGUCACAGAUGACUAGUAUUAAAAGUACUAGUAUUAUAGUUCGAACUUCUCAGUACUUCACAAUGCUUAUGCUGGUCAUAUGAAGACAAAUCUUUUAGUGUGGAGGGUUGCAGCAUGUGGUAGAGGAAUGCCUGUUCAGUCUCAAUCAUCAUUAGCAGAUGAAACAGUAUUGAACUUACAUGUAGUGUCUUAUAUGUACAGCAUUCCCCAGCUGCAUUUCUAAGAUAUCUGUGACUUCUGAACACUCCCUCUGACAUAUUUUGCCACUCUCACUUAAUAAUUUGUUUUAGCUUGGCAUGAGUAAAUUAAAGAUUAUAUGGAAAACGUUUUUAGUUAAAUACCAUUCAUUCAUUGGUAUUGGUCUCUUAGGCAAUUUAACAAUUUCAUUACUGCAUUAUUAAAGUGUUUUGGUUGUUGAUCUAUUAGAACUGAAUUCUAAAA